AUGCCACCCACGAUCCCGCGGACGGCACUCAACGUACGGCGCAGCCUGCCUGCUGGCAGGCGUUUUGCCUCCCAUGGCCACGGGCCUCAAUGGAAUGAGCCAUCAGGCUGGCUCUUCGGCGAGAAGCCGCUACCGCCUGGCCAGAAGAGGAAGAAGGAAAGCUGGGAGAUGCCGUGGUACGCUUUGAUGUACGGGUCGAUGGUGCUUGCGGCGGUGAUGUUGUACUACAAGCCGGACAGAAGUGCGCGUACAUGGGCGUACGAAGAGGCGAAGAAGCGCAUGGAGGCUCGUGGCGAAAAGACCGACUAUCCGUGA